UGCUGGUCCACCAGUCUCUCAUGGGUCCCUGUACGGCCUCCCAUUGCUGCUGUCUCCAUCGCCACACUCUGCCAUGUGCCACUUUCAGGUCUCCUCACACUCACUGCUGGUUUUCCAUUUUGUCAUAGGUUGCUGGCAGGAUUACAGGCCUCCUAUAGUUUUUGUGCUGCAGGCCCCAAAUCUGCCAUGGGCCCCCGUACCGCCUCGUCCACGCUGCUGCUGGGUCCACAGUGUGACAUGGGUCCCUGUAACCGCCUCCAUUGCUCCCACUCUGCCAUGUGCCACUUUCAGGUCUCCUCACACUCCUGCUGGUUUCCAUUUUGCCAUAGGUUGCUGUAUGGCCUCCCAUUGCUGCUGCCUCCACCGCCACACUGUGGCUCCAAACACUGGUUUUGGCCCCGUGACUGGCCAAAUGAGU